GAACAGAGUGAAACCCUGCUACUUUAGACGAUUAGGCGGGUGCGGCCAACUGCCGUCCCUGCUGUGCUACCAUAUUACUUUUCUGAACAGUAAAAACUAGAGAGCACUCUUCUCGUCAGGAGAUUGACUUUGUACUGCUCCUCUCUCUCUCGCUCGAUGGCAAUCCGAUCGGCCGGAGUUUGAUCAGACGGCGCAGAUUCCCGAUGGAGAACGCCGACGUGUUGGGGCCGUCGACGGCGCCACUGACCUGGCACGACUUUCUGGAGCGGAUGCGUCAACCGUCGGCCUCAGACUUCGUUAAAGCCAUCAAAAGUUUUAUCGUGUCAUUUUCGAACAAUGCUCCUGACCCAGAAAAGGACAGUGCUGCUGUACAGCAAUUCCUUGCCAAUAUGGAAGCAGCUUUCAGGGCUCAUUCACUUUGGGCUGGUUGCUCUGAGGAGGAGCUGGAGAGUGCUGGUGAAGGACUGGAGAAGUAUGUUAUGACGAAGUUAUUUCCUCGUGUAUUUGCUUCAAUUCCAGAUGAUGUAAAGCUUGAUGAGCAACUGUUUGAGAAGAUGGCUUUAAUUCAACAAUUCAUUCAUCCAGAGAAUUUGGAUAUUAAGCCGUUAUUUCAGAAUGAAACAUCAUGGCUGCUUGCACAGAAAGAGCUGCAAAAGAUCAAUAUGCACAAAGCACCAAGAGACAAACUUGCCUGUAUCCUCAAUUGUUGCAAGGUCAUCAAUAAUAUAUUGCUUAAAGCUUCUAUUGCGUCUAACGAAAAUCCUCCUGGAGCUGAUGAAUUUCUUCCUGUCCUAAUUUAUGUUACCAUAAAGGCAAAUCCUCCGCAGCUGCACUCAAAUUUGUUAUAUAUACAACGGUACAGGUGUCAAUCCCGAUUAGUUGCAGAAACUGCCUAUUUUUUCACAAACAUGCUCUCUGCAGAGUCCUUCAUCUCAAAUAUUGACGCUAAUUCCCUUUCAAUGGAUGAAGCGGAGUUUGAAAAGAACAUGGAAUCUGCUCGAGCUCUUCUAUCUGGCCUUUCAGGUGAUUUGGAUGCUUUGUCCCAUCCAAGUAAUCAAAGCGGAGGACAUGUUCCCAAGGCAGAACCUAUGGAACCAAAGCGACAUGCUUUGAAUUCUAUGAAGAACCCAUCAAUGGAAGACCUUUUGCUGCAGUCAUCUGAACAAAAAUCCAGGAAUGAGGAGCUGUAUGCGAAAGAUCAGUUGCCAAUAACAAAAGCUCCUUCAGUCUCUGAUUUAGAAAACCAAGGGGCAACCAUGCUUUUGAAGGAGGAUCAAGUGAGCCAAGUGUUUCGGGAUUUUCCAUACUUAUAUGCCCAUGUUGGUGACCUUACAAUCAACGAUGUGGAAGACUUGCUAAAUAAUUACAAACAACUUGUAUUCAAGUAUGUUUGUCUAUCCAAGGGUUUGGGUGUUACAACUCCACCACAAAUACAAAACACUUCUGAAACCAUGAAGAAAUCUGAAGGUACCAUUGAAGUAGAUAUGAAUAAUGAUUCACAUGAAGAUGCAGGUCCAACAGAUGAUGGCUUAGCUGGAGCUUCACUUUUUGAGGCAGAAAAUUCCCAGUCCAAGUUACCAGAAGAUGAUGGCGUGGCGCAAUCUGCUGGGCAUGAGAUUUCCCAAUGAUAUCUUACUCAUGUUUUGUUGUAGAAAUACGUUAUAAUUUUAAAUGCACUAGAUGGGACAAGUUACUCAUCUUUCUGAUUGUAAACAAUUUACCCACAUUUUGUUUUGUCUCAGCAAAAUCAGCGUCUGCUUAAAAAAUAUUUACCAUGUUUUUAACCA